UUAUAGUUUUCUCAAAACGCCAUUCCAUCCUCAAAUCUAUUCUAAGAAAGCAACAAUGGCGAUGUCAGCUUUGAGACGCGAAGGAAGGCGUCUUUCCUCUAUCAUUUCUCCUAAUCCCAUCAAUACUCUUCGCUCCCCUCUCCGCUCUUCCGAGUACGAUCUCUAUUCUCUCGCUGAUCUUUUUUUUUUAUUUGUAUUUUGAAUCGCUAUUAGCUAAUAUAUGAUUGGAAAUAGGGGUUUGAUUAGGUCAGCGAAGUUCUUCCCCGUCUUCCAAUCUUGAUUUCUCUCUUUUCUCUGAAUCACGGAAAUGAUUUUAAUAUAUGGAUUGUCCAUAUGUGUUUUGAUUUAUGUGCUAUAACCAAAAGUUUUCGCACUAUUUUUAUCUGACGAUGAGGAUGAAAUUCAAAUUUGAUAAUAUCUUUUUAUUAAGGUUUUGAUAGUUAAGAGUCAUCUGCUGUUAUUGAUCUAAAAUCUAAAUGGUUCAAUAUUUUUGGAAGAACUGAUAAUCAUACAGCUCAUUCUAAUGAUAGUAGUAGAUUGUUGGUAUUUUAGUUUGGAAGAGGACAUAUGGUUACUCCGACAUGAUAUUUGGAGUUCUCUUGAGGAUUUUUUAAUGGAAGGUAGUCGAAGCCGUUCGAUAAAAUUUAAUUAUUAAAUGAAGUUUUGAGAGAAUUUGGGUUAUUGAGUUAAUCAAUCAUCAAUGUAUUCCACCAUUCUAUUUAGCAGCUGCUUCGCAAUAAGGAAGCAGGUGCUGUGGGAAUAUUUAUCUGCAUUAGGGGUGUUAUUAUAUGACGUGUGUGGAACUUACCUUUUGGUAUGGUAUCUCUUAUAGGGAGCAGACAUUUUUGGGAGCUCGAUGCAUUUCAACUCAGAUUGAUUAGAAAUCGCAUGAAGAGUGUUAAGAACAUCCAGAAAAUCACAAAAGCAAUGAAGAUGGUUGCAGCUUCAAAGCUAAGACAAAUCCAAACAAAAACAGAAAAUUCCCGUGGCUUAUGGCAGCCUUUCACAGCACUUCUUGGGGAUACUCCUAGUGUUGAUGAGAAGAAGAAUGUUGUCAUUACAAUCUCUUCUGACAAAGGUCUUUGUGGUGGUAAUAAUUCCACUUCAGUCAAAACAAGUAGAGCUAUUCGCAAGAUUAGUGAUGGCCCUGAUAAAGAAACAAAGUAUGUUAUCUUGGGAGAGAAGGCCAAAGUGCAGUUGAUCCGUGAUUCUAGGAAGGACAUUGAGCUCUGCAUAACUGAGCUGCAAAAGAAUCCCCUAAACUAUACUCAGGUGGCUGCACUUGCAGAUGAUAUUUUGAAGAAUGUGCAGUUUGAUGCCUUGAGAAUUGUGUUCAACAAAUUUAGUUCUGUUGUUUCAUUUGUCCCGACAAUGUCAACUAUCUUGUCUCCUGAGGUGAUGUUUAAUGCUGUCUUGGUAAAUGCAUGCAGUGAGCAAGGUGCAAGGAUGUCUGCCAUGGAUAGCUCAAGCAGAAAUGCUGGAGAUAUGCUUGUUCGUCUCACACUUACCUAUAACAGGACACGUCAAGCAUCAAUUACCACCGAACUUAUUGAAAUCAUUUCUGGAGCAUCUGCUUUGGAUCAUUUCUGGAGCAUCUGCUUUGGAGGGCUAGAUGAGUGCAAUUACCGAUUGCGGUUUCCCUUGACGGUGAUGAAAAUAAGUUGACAGUGUAGACUUUGUUUAGCAUUUCUGCUAUCUAUCCCUUCGGAGAGCCCUGGACUUCUGCAUAAUAAUAUCCCUGAUAAUUUGUUUUGGGAACAUCAGAUAGCAUUUUUUUCUUUCCGAGGUUUCUGAAUGGGAUUAUUGAAAAUUCUGAAAUGUCAUGUUAACUGUUGAGGGCUUACGCGAAACAACAAAUGUUCUUGUGGUUGCACAAAAUGCUGAAGGUGCUGGCUAUGUAAUGUCUUCAUUUUUGAACGAAGAUAUUGCAUCAUACAUGCUUUUAAUAGUGCCGAAAGGCACGUU